UCCGGCCAAGGGUUAAGGUCAAUCGUCUCCGAAUGAGGAAGAGACCUCCAACAGCAGCACGUCCAAGGCAGCGGCCGGCCAUGAAUACCGGGGCACACAUGGUUCCUUCGCAAUCUGAAAAUUCCAGAGCACGAGGAGAAUCUCUAGCUGCCACAAGUUCUUCAAAUGCAGCCAACCCUCCUUCAAUUACAAUCUCGGCGCCGUCCACGACUCCUCCCGAAGAUGCUGAUAGCACAAGAGGCACAACUUCUCCAGUUGCCGAUAAUGAUCCUCCGUCACUCUAAACGAGAGCUCUUCGGCCGUUAGUGGCCCAACAUGCACAAGUCUUUCGGCAACCACGGAGCUUCCAGCAGCCACGAAUGCCCCUACCACUGAGAAUCCCCAGGUAACCAUGGAUUGUGCACUACUCAAGAGUCUUUCAGCGGCUCUAAAAUCGGAAAAUCCUCAGAUGGAAGCCCAUCUCAAGGCGUAUGGACCCCCACCUACCAACGCGGGGAAUUAUUUGUAUAUUAUCCAGACCAGCUACUGCUAUAUAUCCAGAGCGGCAGACGGUAUUCCUAUGAAGCUGGAUCCAAUAACCAAAAAAGAACUGAUUCACUUGGAGGUACUCGUCACAAAUCCUCCUAUUACCUCUACUGCACCCUUCUUCAUGCCACCUCGAAGCUUGUCCAUCUAUCUCCUCAAAAUUUACCGCCACGAAGUCUACUUCACAUACCCUUUUUUCAACAUGAACCAAUUUACGGAUGUUGUGAUGAAGUUCUUUAUGCUCAUCACCAAAUCGGAUGUCUCAUCGGCCUAUCUUGGCCUCGGUUGCUCAGAUGAGUCCAACCCUACGACACCUCUGUUUCAAUGCUCUCUCUUCAUGAUGCUCUGGCACGCUGUCUACUUUGCGAACAUAGAACAAGAAGACAAAGAGCUUGCUUCCCGCAUUUUCUGGAAAUGCGCAAAGUUCUUCAUGACGGAGGAACUUCUCGAGACUAGCUGCCUGGCAGCCGUACAGACCCAACUCAUCAUCGCCGUGGCUCUCAACAGCUCCAAUCUUCAGGGAAACGAAAGGAAAAUUCCCGCUGAACUGGCCUAUCGUAUCGCACAAUGUUUAGGAAUUGACAACGAGAAAAACCUGCCUACAGCCGCUGCAGAAGGUGUUCAUGAUGCCGACAGACAGGCUUGGUACGGAUGUGUAAUGAUGAAUCUGUUUUCUCAAACAAGAAACUCCCAAUUGCCCCUGAACUCCGGCAUGGGCAAGUCUCCGCUCGCUACCCGUCGCUAUCAAUCUCCCGCCGGCAGCGUAGAUUUCAGCUUCUUCAUCAAUUCCGUCAUCCGUGCAGAAGAGUUGGAAAAGAUUCUGAAGGACAUCCGCAAAACUCGUGAGCCAGUCUUGGAACCAUUUACAGAGGGUCUAUAUAAACAAUAUGCCACGAUUGUUCCUAUGCUACGCGAAAAGCUCCGCGAAUUCAUCAAGUUACUGCCCAAGGAGCUCGGUUGGGGCAUCUCGGGCUUACCAGACGAAUACGUUCGCAUUGGCAAUUUUAAUGAGCCAAAGACAACCUCAAAUGCCAACUUCAUGCACUUGCGGGCCAUGCUAUUCCGCCCAAUUCUCAUGCAUAUAGGCAUAGACGGAUAUCUUGAAACCAAGUCGAUAACACAUAAGAUCGAUCCUGUCGUCAAGGAUAAGACUCUCACGUAUGUGAUGAGCUGUGUCAACACCGCGAUAAGUUUAAUCGAUUUUCUCUACAAGAUAUUCCUAGUGGAGAUAAAGAAUAACAGAGAGUGGUGGUGGAGUCCAUACCAUACCAGUACUGCAGGCCUCGUCCUCAUCAUGGCUCAGACAUCGCAAACACUAUGGUCACACGUCCAGGUAAGCCUCGUCGAGAAAGCCUGGGACUCUUGUCAAUAUAUGCUCGGCUAUGGGGCCACGGACAAUCACUUUCACGAAAAGGCUCUUCGGUUUUUAUGGGGUGUGAACAAGCGUAUUGCCGGAGUCCGUGUGCUUGAAAACAAAUAUGAUACCCUCAAGCUUAGACUGCCAACUCCCGCUGUCACCUGGAGCUAUCAAAGGGCACCUCACUCGCAGUAUGUGAAUCCCCGCUCGCCAUUUCUGGAACCCGGAAGCACUCCACACUCGGCAUAUCCCAAUUCAAACAGCAAUGCUCCGUUGAACGCUUCGAAUCCGAACCGGGGCCCGAGUGUGUUUCCAUAUGCAGGUCCUUCGAGCUUGAAUGCAGCUCCCUUCACAGCGUCGGCUGCUUCCGCAAAUAUGACCACCAUGUCCUCAGCCUCGAAUGAAAUGGUUUCUUCGAGAUCUGGAUUAGUUGACAAUGCGACUUUUGCAAACUAUAAUGCAGUUCCUUAUGCCCCACCACCAAACGCGAGCACUGUUCCUCCGUUUACAGCUUCAUCGAGCGUUAAUACAGCUCCAUUCACAGCUCCCUGGGCGUCGGGCGCAGUCCCGCCUUUCAAUGGUCCGGCUUCUACUGCCUAUCCGGUAUCUGCCAGCUCAGGAAGCGGCCAUUUCCCGUUCUCCUGGGAUGCAAACAUGAUUCAACCUGCUGCUCCAGAGUCUGCCGAAGCUUCCUAUACUGUUGCUUCAAACUCGAUAGCCGUUACAUCUGCAGAUUCUUCAGGGUAUACCAUAGCACCCUAUGCUACCUCUUCACACUGGAAUACGGUUCCAUAUGCACCUUCCUCAGAAUCUGGUGCAUUGCUUCAUACUAAUGGUACGAACUCGACAACAGCUCCAACCACAACUUUUUCGAGCGUUGCGCCGGCUCCAUACACAAGUCCCUACACGGCAUUCUCCGACCCCAACGCAACUCUCUACACUGAAGAAUCCGCGAAUCUCAAUGGAGCAGGGUGGCCAGAUAUGUCGGCAUACAAUUUGACACCUUCGUCUUCCAGCACAAUGACCAGUCUAUCGCCAUCCAACCCAAACCUUGCUAAUUAUGGCAACAUGGAGGACCUUGAUGGCACUGGAAUGGAGACACAGGUAUUUUACCAGCCAUCUACUAAGAGAUAUGCAUGUUAUAGCCCUGAUGACGACGCAUCUAUGGCUUGCAAUGAACAGAGCUGAGGAUAUCCGUGGGCUCAAGAGUGGACACCUGA